UCCUGCCCGAGUAGAGUCCCACACUGACACACACUGACACUCACAAACACUCACAUUCCUCCAUGGGCUCCUCGGCUGCUGCUCUGCGGCUCUCUGGGCGUUGUGCUCGGACACUCCGGGAGGGCCAGGCCGCUCCAAGGCUGCAGCUCUGGUCCUCUGGAGAAAGAAGCAGAAAGCUGAACUACCAGGCGACCACUGAGGCUGGGAAGCUGAAGAGCAUCGAUGACCUGCCUGGUCCCAGUCUGACCACCACUCUGUACUGGUUGUUCCUCAGAGGAUACGCAGACAAGAGCCACCUACUGCAGGAUGUGCAGAAGAGCCUCUACGGGCCCAUCUGGCGCUCCCAGUUCGGCCCGUUUGACAUCGUCAACGUGGCGUCUCCGGAGCUCAUCGCUCAGGUGAUCCGGCAGGAGGGCCGCUACCCGUCCAGAGCCGAGCUGCCUCACUGGAAGGAGUACCGGGACCUGAGAGGACAGGCCUACGGGCUGCAUGUGGACACGGGACCCGAGUGGUUCCGAAUCCGCAGCGCCCUGAACCCCAAGAUGCUGAAGCUGCGGGAGGUGACGGCCUACGCUCCCAUCAUCCACCAGGUGGUCGGAGACCUGCUGCAGCGGGUGGAGCUCCUCAGACGUCACAGCCAGGACCAGGCCACCGUCUCAGAUAUGACCGCUGAGCUCUACAAGUUCGGCUUUGAAGGUAUCUCCUCCAUCUUGUUUGAGACCAGGUUGGGCUGCCUGCAGGAGGAGAUUCCUCCAGACACGCUGCGCUUCAUCGCCGCCGCCAACGCCAUGCUGACGCUGUCGGAGACCGUGGUGCUGUUCCCCCGCUGGAGCCGCGGCGUCCUCCCCUUCUGGAGGCGCUUCGUUCAGGCCUGGGACGACCUCUCUGACGUAGCUCGCUCCCUCAUCGACAGGAGGAUCGCCGAAAUAGAAGCUCAGGUGAGCAGCGGCGAGCCGGCAGAGGGGAUGUACCUGACCUACCUGCUGUCCUCUGAUAAGCUGAGCAGAGCCGAGGUCUACAUCAGCAUCACCGAGCUGCUGCUGGGGGGGGUCGACACGACCUCCAACACCCUGUCCUGGGCCUUGUACCACCUGGCUCGGGACCGCAGGGCUCAGGACCGACUGUUCGGAGAGGUGAGCUCCGUGUGUCCAGACGGACGGCAGCCGACCACAGAGGACCUGAGCAGGAUGCCCUACAUGAAGGCCGUCAUCAAGGAGACGCUACGCCUUUAUCCCGUCGUCCCUGGAAACGGACGCUUUAUCUCGGAGGACGAGGUGGUGGUGGGGAACUACUGGUUCCCAAAGAGGACUCAGUUCCACCUGUGUCACUACUCCGCCUGUCAUGAUGAAGAACAGUUUGUAGACGCCGAGCUCUUCGUCCCGGAGCGCUGGCUGCGUGCUGAGGAUCCGACCUCCGUCUGUGGACGGGUGUCGCCGGGCUUCUACCGGCACCACCCGUACAGCUUCAUCCCCUUCGGUGUCGGCGUGCGAGGCUGUGUGGGGAAGAGGGUGGCGGAGAUGGAGAUGUUCUUCGCUCUGUCCAGGCUCAUGCAGCACUACGAGGUCCAGCCUGAACCCGGUGCUCCGGUCGUGGAGCCUAAAACCAGAACCCUGCUCAUCCCCUCUCGGCCCAUAAACCUGCGCUUCCUGCCCCGGCCUGAAGAGAGCGCCGCUGAGGCUCAGCAGCACAGGUGUUAACUAUUCCCGUUCACACAGGGUGCAAACUAUUCAACGCCGGUCCAACAGAACGUGUCCAACUCCUGGUUCUUUAAAUGAAGCGUUGUGUUCAGGAGCAGAGCUGCUCGUGUCUGAACAUACUGCCAGUAGCGUCUCUGAAUAAAUGAGUUAUUUAAGGGCAACAUUCUGGUGUUUGUCGUCCUGGAUGUGAGAGCUUCUGCUUCUUUCCUCUCCAUGAAUCAAACCUGCCCUUGUUUACUCAUCCUGUAGUUUUCUUGUAAGUAUAUUCAGCACACAAAUCACUAAUUUCAAUGAAUAACGUGUGACUCGAGGACAGAGAUAACUCAUUAAUCAUUUAAUAAAGGGCUAUGUACUCGCGCUAAACUAACAAAUCAAAGUGUCCUUUAUUGUUUAACUUCACAGCUCCUCAUGCUCUGACUAAACCUUCUUUGCACAGAUUUGUUUAUGUUUUAUUGCUGAUUUGUUUGUUUGUCAUCAGUUGAUGAGACAUUCCUGGUUUAAAGUAAACUGAGGCAUUUGUUCUUUACUGUUGAAUUUAUCCUUUUUUCUCAACAUAAACUUAACUUUAAGGAAGUGAAAGGACGAGAGGAAUUAUGAAAUCGGUCCAGAUGUUGAAGUACAUGUCGUGUCUCGUUUCUGUCUUUAUUUCCUAACAAACAGUGUUUAAUAUGACGGCUAAAGCUCUGAACAUUUGGCUUUUUCUGCACACGAUUCUUUGCAGGAAACAGUGAUGCAACAGCAGCCUUAAAGAGUCUCUGUUUGGGGUGUUUAAUGGUAACUUGUAUAUAAAUGUGUAAGAUUAGAUGACUGGUAUAAACCUGAGGAUUAAUCUCUGUAACAUUUUGCAAUGAUGAUGUUGUCAUGAUUCAAAUAAAAUUAUAUUUUUAUCCUCAACUAAAUAAAGUUGAAUCUUAAGGUUUCAGUCUGUAAAUCAAACAUCAUUUAAGGGUCUUUUUCUGAAUCGUGA